AUGUCAGCCAUAGCCUUCAAACUGGCCAGGGAAAAGGCCAUCCUAGAUGGCCUAGGAUCCAGUGGAAAUAUUGUAAAAUACUUAAACCAGGAUUUUGAGGCCCUGAAAAGGCAAUGUUUGCACUCUGGGACUCUCUUCAAAGAUGAACAAUUUCCUGCUUGCCCCUCCUCUCUUGGCUAUAAAGAAUUGGGACUUUAUUCUUCCAAAACUCAGGGGAUUAUUUGGAAACGACCUCAGGAACUGGUCCCAAACCCCCAGUUCAUUGAGGGAGGAGCCACUCGCACAGAUAUUUGUCAGGGAGUUCUGGGAGACUGUUGGCUUUUGGCAGCUGUUGCAAGUCUCACCUUAAAUAAAGCCAUUUUAGAGUGGGUUGUUCCCAAUGAUCAGAGUUUCCAGAAGGACUAUGCUGGGAUAUUUCAUUUCAAGUUUUGGCAGUAUGGAGAAUGGUUGGAUGUUAUUGUUGAUGACCGGCUUCCCACAAAAAAUGGACAACUAGUCUACUUGCACUCAAAAGAACGCAAUGAGUUUUGGGGUGCUUUAUUGGAGAAAGCCUAUGCCAAAUUGAAUGGCUCUUAUGAGGCUUUGAUUGAGGGAACUUUGACAGAAGCUUUUGAAGAUUGUACUGGUGGGAUCUGUGAAUCGUAUCAUCAUAAUUCAGCUCCCCCUAAAUUGUAUCAAAUAAUCCAAAAAGCUUUGCAAGCUGGUUCAUUGUUGGGCUGCUUCAUUAAUACCAGUGAAAAAGUGCAAAAAACAAGUAAGCAGCUGUUUUCACGCCAUGCUUAUUCUGUUACUGGAGCAGAAGAGGUUACUUACCAUGGCCGGCUGGAAGAAUUAAUCAGGAUUAGAAAUCCAUGGGGUGAACUUGAAUGGACAGGAGCCUGGAGUGAUAAUGCCCCGGAAUGGAAGUAUAUUAAUCCUAAGCAAAGAAAUACUCUGCAUAGGCAAGCAAUUGAUGGAGAAUUUUGGAUGUCCUUCUCAGAUUUUAAAAAGCAAUUUACAAAUCUUGAGAUCUGCAACUUGUCUCCGGAUCCUCUGACCUGCAAUCAAACUCAUAAAUGGAACAUGAAACUAUUCCAUGGAACCUGGCAAAGUGGUUCUACAGCUGGUGGCUCCCCAGAUUAUCCAGCAACAUAUUGGACAAACCCACAGUUUAAAAUCAAAUUGGAAGAGGCAGAUGAUGAUCAGGAAGCAAGUGCAUGUGAGCCUUGUUGCACGAUGAUAGUAGGUUUGAUGCAGAAAAAUCGCAGACAACAGAAGAAGAAGGGGGAAGAUUGGCUCAACAUUGGCUACUCCAUUUAUCAGAUACCCAAAGAGUUAGAAAAUCAAGUUAAUGUUCAUCUAAGCAGAGAGUUCUUCUCAACAAAUAAACCUGUAGUUCAUUUUGACCGAGAGGUCUGCUUGCGUGAAGCAUCAAGUCGCUUCCACCUGCCACAGGGAGAAUAUCUUAUUGUGCCAUACACCUCUCAGCCUUUGCAAGAUGGAGACUUCUGCCUCAGGAUCUUCUCUGUGAAACAGAUUAAAGCUCAAGAAAUUGGGGACACUGCCACUGCUAAUCCAUAUGAGCCUCAAGUUACAGGCAAGGAUAUAGACAACGAAUUCAAAAGCCUGUUCCAAAAGCUUUCUGGGGAGGAUUGUGAACUGACUGCUGAUGAACUUCAGACCCUUUUGAAUAGAGUCAUAACAAAAAGAAUAGACAUUAAAAGUGAUGGAUUCAACAUAAACACCUGCAGGGAGAUGAUCAGUCUCUUAGAUAACGAUGGAACUGGUACCCUGGGACUUGUAGAAUUCAAGAUCCUUUGGAUGAAGAUUCAGAAAUAUCUGGAAAUCUAUAAAAAAGUAGAUGCAAACUGUUCUGGAACCAUAGAGGCACAUGAAAUGAGAAAUGCUCUCAAGGAAGCAGGUUUCACUCUCAGUAACAAAAUCCAGCAAAGUAUAAUUAUUCGUUAUGCCUGCAGCAAGCUGGCCAUUGAUUUUGAUGGCUUUGUGGCCUGUAUGAUUCGUCUAGAAUGUUUGUUCAAAAUGUUUCAGAUAUUAGAUAAGGAUAAGGAUGGAACAGUUCAGCUUUCUUUGACAGAGUGGUUGUGUUGUGCAUUGAUCUAAACCAUUAUUUUCAACAAUCUUUUGGAAACUGGACAAACUUAUCAUUCCAUCAAGAAGUUUCUGAGAAAAAGCUGAUUUCAUGACCCUCUAAAAAUAUGAGGAAUUA